ACUACAUAUUUCUCUGAAUAUUAUGACUUUAUUAUCAUAAUAAUUUUUUCUUAGCUAAUACUCCUUUGUGUCCUAGAAAUGAUUUAAAUAUAAAAAAUAUAUCCAUUAUUUAACGACCUAACAAUCCAGGAUUUAAUCCAUUUAAAAUAUCAAAGCUAGUUGUAGCCUUUCCUUUGUAAAUAUGACAUGGCUGAGAAGUUUCUCUGAAGCAUCCAGUUAAUUGAUUUGAAUUGGCAUUUAAUAGAAACAGGAAGUCCCUCCUGUCUGGUACACAGUAGCACAUGACUGUAUGUGCAUUGACCCUCUGUAAUCGUAAACUCGUGUAACCCAUAAGGUCAAUAAAUUCCUUGCUGCACUAUAACUACUGCUUACUCAACAUCCAGUCACAUAAAGUGGCCCGUUGUUUUUGAUGAGUCAGCAAGACCAUCCCACAGUUCGGAAAAGGAAUGACACUGGGAUUAAAGCGACUCUGAGUUGAAGUAAGUAAUCUGUCAGAAUGAUGUCCUUGUAUUUAUUUCUCAUUGUGGCUAUGAAUGAACUUGUUUCGUGUGUGUUAGCAGGUGUUCACUUAAAAAAAAAAACCCGUCGGAUGGCUGACCCGUUUGUUCCAGUCCAUUUAUCUGUCAACUGGUUCAUAGUGAACAACUCCAGUUUGAACAGAGGGGAGUCUCUGCUCACCGUAGAUGAGGCCUGCAGCAGACCCAGAGGAGAGCAGAGUGACAGGCCAGGGAACACCGAGAAAGAGGAGAAACCCAUCAGUGCAACUCUGCUGGGCUAUGAGAUUCUGAAGGAGAGGGAAAAGUUCACGGUAGGAAGUCCGGUCCCAGAUAAAGACAAUAAAUCAAAACAGUAAAUAUCACAGUAGAUACAUGAUGAAUAACAAUAGGUAAUACGUCUGAUAUAAUAUUCAAUAUUGUGUUCAUCCUAAAAUAAGGGCUUAAGUCAUUUUUUCCUCAAAAGAUGAUUAAGGCAGAAAAAGAAUCACUUUUGUCAAAAAAAAAAAAAAAGAUCUAGGCCAUUAUUCUAGGACGAGGACGAAAUUCAAUAUAUAGAAUAUUCACUGAAUUCCCAUUCAGAACCCCACAGCAUUCUGGGGGACGUAGGCAGAGGAAAGGGUUUAACUGCUCAACUUCUUACAGACAGCUAGGUAAGAUUGGUGGCAUCAACCAAAAUCACUCUUUCUUUGGUUACCUAGCAACAGCCAAAUGAGUCACAGCAACAGUUUCAGGUUUAUCACUGUGACUCAUAACUGCUAAAAAACAAACAAACAAACAAACAAACAAACAAACAAACAAACAACAACAUGGAGUGAAAACUGUGGAUAAAACAGGAAAUGUGGUGCCAGUAUUUUAGAUAUAAAAAAACAACUAAUCUAUAAUUAUCGAUAUAUGAAAUGCUGAUAUGCUGAUACGUUUGUCAGCCGUAUCGUCCAGCCCUACCGUAUCAUGAAUGAAAAUCAAGAAAUCUGUAAUGACACUCGCUUGCUCUUUUCAUUUUCGGAUUUUUGUCUUUAUGGUAAUUCUUUUGAGGGUUUAUUGCAAAUUUAGUCGCAUGACCAACAGUUUUACAGGAACAUUCCCAGCCAAAAGUUUUGAAAAUGAUUCAGAUGCCAGCUUUGUCAUUUUUUUUAUUUUAGUAUUUGUGAUGGCAGAUGGGGGGUGACAUCAUAUUUAGAUUAAGAGAAAACUGAUCAUAUUUUUAAAAAUGAAUUCAUUGUUUAGUUUUAGUCAGCUUUUUUAAGGAUCCCCCAUUUGUCCGUACCAUAGUAGAAACUAUUAUUUCUGGUGUUCACACCACAAGCAUUAGGAUAAAAACUACAGACAUUACUAAAAAGAGAAACAUCACAGAAAAGCCCAAAACACACAAAUAAAAACCAAAAAACAGAAGUUGAUAGCCACAGCAGUUCCAAAGAAUGCUAAAAAGUAAUAACCGUGCACACUACAUGUGUAGAAUUAACAAUAAUUUCAUAUUAUUUCAUUAUGUAUUGUAGAUUUUUAGAUAAUUUUUAAAGGGAGUGGGAGUAAAUAAGUCUGUCUUCUCCUUUUCAAGCUAACUGCAUUCUAAAUAAGGUUUUAUUACAUAAAACAAGAACUUGACCCAGACAAUGUCUUGUUCUUAUGUUACUGUAUAUAUUUGUGAAUAAGUGGAUGCAUAUGUAUUUUUUUUGUUUCUUUUUUACCUACUCAGUGGCAUCAUAUACAUGUUUUUCUUUUUUUGUAGCUAAAAAUAAAGCAAUAAACAACAAACCUUUUAUGAUCACCAGGUAAUGUUAUUUAGAAGGCGGUGAUUAUAUGAAGUGGCUCUUUCCACAGCUGUUUGUCUGAGAAGAUUCAGAAUACGUCACAAUGGGUACAUGUCACGUAUGUAAAAUAAGCAUAAAAACAAGAUGUAUGUCCAGGAUACUUUAUCUUUAUAUUGAUCGCUCAACAAUAACUCUAUAAAGCCUCAUCUGUUUUGUAGGUUUAUAAGAUUCUUAUAAAGAGGCCUGAAGGAGGCAGCUGGCUGAUCUUCAGAAGAUAUGCAGACUUCUGCAUGCUCAGCGAUCAGCUUAGAGAGUUGUUCCCCGGUUUCCAUCAAGCGCUGCCUCCUAAACGACGAUUCAAAGACAACUAUGAUGGAAGUUUUCUGGAGAAGAGACGUUUGGGACUGCAGACUUUUCUAGAGAAUCUGAUGUUGCACAAACAUAUCAGCACAAGUGAACCUGUGACAUACUUUCUCUCUGUGGACGACCCAUCGAGUCCAUUUUACAGUACGGAGGAAAGCAGGGCAUUUUGUGAAACCCUGGAGCAAAAGAAUCAUCGUCUCCUCAGAGAACUCCUGGAAAAACAGAGAGAAGUCGACUCGUUAACCAAGUCUUUAGAGGAUAAAGAGAACUACAUCGACCUGCUGUGGAGAAAAAACAGGACUUUGGAAUUCCAUCCACAAAUGUGACACAAGACACAAAUGUGAAUGAACAGAAGCAGAAUUUGGCAUUUGGGAAUUCUCAGAAUGACAAAGGAACCAGGGAAGAAUUAAAUAAAAUAACAAACUGGAACUAGAAGCUUUUAUCCUGAAUCAGCUGUAAGAAAAAAAAUGAACUAUUUAUAUAAGAAAAUGUAUUGAAAUAGUCUUUUUUUGAGGGCUCUUGAUGUGCUGAAGCUUAAAUGUUUGUUUUUCCAUUUUCUGUACCACUGAUGAAUAAUAAAGUCAGAGUGCAGCAGUAAUGUGUGAUUUACCUGCUUUAUCUUUAAGAGAUUUUUUUAGAAGUAGGAAUCUGUGCAAAGACUGAACAGUAAAUAUAUUACUUGCAGUAGGUAAACUCUUCAAAGAUGAAAACUUCACAAUUUUUAUCACCUUCACAGAUUCUAAAAAGACUUGGAUUUCAGAGUGGAUGACAUGAAAAAAGGAUUUUAUGUAGCUUUUCCUACAGAACUGCACAGCUCCAAAAGAAAAUAACAGAAAACAGCACCUAAGGUAAAACAAAAAAAGCC